CACUUUCUCAUUGGCGUCGGUCGGACCAACAACACUCCUCUUUUUAACUUAGACACCAUUUCUGACAUCACAUAUAUCUCCCACAACAAACCUAAUAAAACGCAAUUGGAUUAAUUAGGGUUAAUUCUUUUUUUGUCCCUAUUAUUCCCCCCCCCCCUUUUCCCCUUUGUUUCACUGUAAUGCUUCCACAUCCUCAAUUUCCUCAAUGUACGGACAGUCUCAGCCCAUGAACAUCCCUGCCUCGAUCGCCGACAACGAUGUUUCUGCCUCAGCACCGGCCGAUAGCGUUAGUUACGAUGCUGAUCCUCUUGACGACGGCGUCGGAGUCGAUGACGUCUCCGCCGAUCCCCUCUAUGUCACUUCCACCCCCUCUGACUUAGCCAUCGUUCAACGUGUCGACGGUGCCAGCCAACUCACUCUUUCCUUUCGUGGCCAGGUCUAUGUUUUCGAUGCUAUUACUCCCGAGAAGUUCCAUGCGGUGUUAUUACUUUUGGGUGGAAGUGAACUGACUUCAGGUCCCCAUGGUGUUGAAAUGUCAGCUCAGAACCAAAGGGUUGUUUUGGACUUUCCGAGAGGAUCUAACCAACCGCAUAGAGCAGCCUCUUUAGAUAGAUUUCGUCAGAAGAGAAAAGAGCGAUGCUUUGAUAAAAAAGUCCGGUAUAGUGUUCGUCAAGAAGUUGCUCUUAGGAUGCAGCGUAAUAAGGGUCAAUUUACAUCUGCUAAGAAGUCCGAAGGAGCUCACAGCUGGGGUUCUUCCCAGGAGGAUGAUAACUUAGCUGAUGGCAUAUGUACACACUGUGGCAUUAGCUCAAAGUCCACUCCAAUGAUGCGACGUGGUCCAUCUGGUCCAAGGUCUCUAUGCAACGCAUGUGGACUUUUUUGGGCAAACAAGGGAACUUUGAGGGAUAUUCCCAAGAAAACUCAGGAUCUCUCCCUAGUUCCUGUUCAACAGGGAGAAUGUGAAACAAAUGACUCAAAUUCUGGAACUGCUAUCCCUACUACACAAAGCAAUGUAGUUUCUUUCUCAAAUGGUGAUGGCUCGGCUCUAAUUGCCGAGAACUGAUCAUUUUUGCCAAUAUGACCAUUGUGUCGACUAGGUCUUGGAUGGUAAAUUUUUUAAAAAGAACUGUCUUUGUAUGUACAGAUAUCAUAGUUGCCUUCAUCAAUAUACGAGGUUUUCUCCUCCUA